CCGUUACCAUAACGUCACUUCUGGAUGUCAAUAUGCGGCUUGGUGCAGCGCUGGGAAACGGAACCACUGGAAAGAUGUAAACCAAGUAACAAGCGAAGGCCAGCCUCGACGAAGACACUUAUCGCCUGGAAACCUGUACCUAAGGUCGGGUAAACGGAACCACCCCAACCGGCAGGUCACUGAGUCGCUAUUCCCAAAGCGGCGGAGCGCUCGCCUUUAAGCAGCCAUCUUUUGUGAGAGAAUGUACGGGGCGACGCGGCGGGCCUGCUCGAGCUCCGGCCGGGGCCGGAGCCUGCUGAUGCUGACAACCGCGCUACUGCUCUCGGUUGUCGGGCUGCUCACCGGGCUGCCUGGCAUUACCGAGGGGAAGGAAUGCGACAAGCCUUGUAUGAACGGGCAGUGCAACACCGCUACUGGAAACUGUGUGUGCUUCCCCGGCUGGGUUGGGGACCAAUGCCAGCACUGCGGAGGGAGAUUCAGGUUGACGGGGCCCUCCGGUCAUCUGACAGACGGUCCAGGAAACUAUAAGUACAAGACCAAGUGCACGUGGCUGAUCGAGGGACAGCCCAACACCAUACUCCGGUUACGGUUCAACCACUUUGCCACCGAAUGCAGCUGGGACCACCUUUACGUGUACGACGGAGACUCCAUUUACGCUCCGCUUCUCGCUGCCUUCAGUGGUCUGAUUGUUCCUGAGCGCUAUGGGAAUGAGACGGUUCCUGAGGUGGUGUCUCAGUCCGGCUACGCCCUGCUGCACUUCUUCAGUGAUGCUGCCUACAACCUAACCGGCUUCAACAUUUCCUACAGGGUGAACACAUGCCCCAACAACUGCUCGGGCCGGGGCGAGUGUCGCGUGAGGAACUCCACUGGUGCGGCGUACUGCGCGUGUGAGGAUAACUGGAAGGGGGCAGCCUGUGACGUCCCCUACUGCCUGGCCGAAUGUGGCUACCCUGACAGAGGCCACUGCCAGGGAAAGACCUGCAUCUGCAAGACCGGUUGGCAAGGUCCAGACUGCCUGGUCUCUGUGCCUGCCAACUCCUCCUUCUGGAGCCGCGAGGACCACACCGAGGCUGGGCUGGCCAGGGCUUCCCACAAGGCAGUGGUGGACCAGGGCAUCAUGUGGGUCAUCGGCGGCUACGUCUUCAACGCCUCCGACUAUCACAUGGUCAAAGCAUAUAACGUCAGUAGCAAGAGCUGGCUGACCCUUGACCCCUCUGUGCAAACUGUGACGCCGCGAUAUGGCCACUCACUGGCUCUUCAUGAGGGGAGGAUCUACAUGUACGGAGGAAAGAUUGACUCCACAGGAAACGUGUCCAGCCAGCUGUGGGUUUUCCACAUCCAGAACCAGACCUGGGUCCUCCUGAGUCCCCGGGCCAAGGAGCAGUAUGCCGUGGUGGGACACUCGGCACACAUUGUGCCCCCCGUCCAGGAGGGGGGCAGUCCCAUCAUGCUGGUUAUGUUCGGACACUGUCCUCUGUACGGUUACAUCAGCCAGGUGCAGGAGUACAACAUCGUGAAGAACACAUGGAGCAUGGUGUCCACAGAGGGUGCACUGGUCCAGGGUGGCUACGGCCACAGCGGUGUUUUUGACCCCAGCACAAGAGCCAUCUACAUCCACGGAGGCUACAAGGCCUUCAGCGCCAACAAGUACGGCCUGGCGGGAGACCUGUACAAGUUUGACGUGGACAAGAGGAAAUGGACCAUUCUGAGAGACAGCGGCUUCUUCCGUUACCUCCACACGGCGGAGAUAGUGAGCGGGACCAUGCUGGUGUUUGGAGGCAACACACACAACGACACCUCCAUGAGCCACGGCGCCAAGUGCUUCUCCUCAGACUUCCUGGCCUACAGCCUGGCGUGUGACGAGUGGACAGUGCUGCCUCGACCGGACCUCUACCAUGACGUCAAUCGCUUUGGACACUCUGCGGUCUUCAGUGACAGUGAGAUGUACGUGUUCGGUGGCUUCAAUAGCUUGCUGCUCAGUGACGUCCUCGUCUACACCUCGCCCAGCUGCGCAGCCUUCUCUAGCCCAGCCUCCUGCAGCCAGGCCUGGCCAGGGAUCCACUGCGUCUGGAACAGCACCCAGGGGACCUGCCUGCCCUGGGAGAGCAACGCCAUCGGAACGGAACCGCAGCCGCUCCCGGCCUCCUGCAACACACGAUCAUAUGCUGACAACGAGAGAUGUGACCAGUACACGGACUGCUACAGCUGCACUGCUAACACCAACGGCUGCCAGUGGUGUUCCGGCCAGUGUGUGUCUCUGGGAAGCAACUGCACCUCUGCCACGGUAUGA